GUGAGCUCUGAGCCCCAGCAUGCUGGACCCCCAAUAAACCCUCUGCUGUUGCAUGAGACAGUCUCUUGGUGGUCUCUUCCUCCGACACUCACCCGACCUUAACAAUUUUAUGGGAUAAUUUGAGGGAGACUGGUGUUAGUUCUUUUUUAGAAGUCUGGUAGAACUCUGCUGAGAAUUCCUCUGAUCCUGGGCUUUUCUUUGUUGACACUUAUCAAUGUCUUCAAAGAUGUACAAAAUGGCACGUGAGCACUUGGCAAAUUCUCUUCAAGAACUUGUAGAUGAAGAAUUGAAGAAGUUUAAGAGCAAACUUACUUAUGUCGAGCUAAAAAAAAAACUUAAGAAUAUUCCUAGGGGGGAGAUUAAGAAAGUCUCCGAUCAUGAAGAUCUUGCUGAAAUCCUGGUCAACCAUUACGGGUCAUGGAAUGCAGUGAAGGUUACCAUGAAAAUCCUGAAAAAAAUUCACCAGAGACACGUGGCUGAGAGGCUCCUUUAUGAUAUCAAGGAAAAUGAUAAAAAGAAUAAGAAAAAAGAGGAUGAUGAAACAGAUGAUGAUGAUGAUGAUGAUGAUGAUGAUGAUGAAACCGAUGAAGAAGAAUCGAGUGAUGAUGAUGAUGAUGAUGACAAUGACGAUGACGAUGAUGACGAUGACGAUGAUGAUGAUAAUGAUGACGAUGAUGACGAUGAUGAUAAAUAAAAAGAGAAAAAAACCCUUUCUUACAGAAAAAUAUUGAAAAUAUUCACCCUUAUUACUUUUUUUAUGGAAUGUGGAGACUAACAUGAAAUUUGUGUUUUUUGUUCCAGUGCUUUAUUUUCUAUUCUACAUAUUCUUUUUAUUUCUUUAAUAAAACAUUUCUGAGCUAAUUAUAGUUUGUCAGAGUGAAACUUAUAGAAAGAUAAUAGAGGGAAGGGAGCAGAGGGUAGAAGAGGGAAGGGGAGGAGAGGAAAUAGGGCUUGAAUUAGAACAAAAUCUCUUUCAUGCUUGUACAAUUAUGUCAAGAUGAAUUCCAACCAAUAUAUAACUAAAAGAACCAAUAAAGAAAGAGGUUUUAGACUGAGGUUUUAUGGUGUUGCUGUAAGAUAAAAUUUUAAGUCAUAUAAGAAGUUUUAGCUGUUAGAUAAAAAUAAAAUCUUCAAGCAUCCAUAAAAGAUUUGUCUUAUAAUUGCUAAGAAAAAAUAAAUACUAUUGCAUAUAGGACUGGAAAUUUUUACCUCUUGUUUUUAUUUUAUAAGUGUCCAUAAAUAAGUAUAUAUAGACAUCAAAAUCUGUCUAUGUGUGUGUAUCAUGUCAUCAGAAUUUUUCUUGCCAGUUUUUACUAAAACCUCUUCCUCCCUAAAACAUACUGAAUUCAAUUAGGUUAUCUCUUAGGUACAAUUUAUACUUAACACUGUGCUUGUACUUGGUUUUCAUAGAAAACUGUUAUCUAAUCCAGUGUUUUUAUUUUAGAUAUAUAGUUGGUGUAUCUUUAUGAGAGCAAGAAAUAGGGCUUUGUGGUUUCUUUCUUUAAGCUUGAUUGUAUUAGUAAAUGAGUAAAAUAUGAUUUCAUUUAGAAAUACUAUGAAACUAGAUUCUGAGAAAAACAUACUGAAAAUAGAGAAGAGUAAAACCUUGAUUAUUCUGUUCUCUACCAUAGCGGCCUUUUAUUUUCUCAUAGGUUACCUUUGUUCAAACCAAGCUAAUACUUGUCAUAAACAGCUGUGUUCUUGUUUCUGUCAUACACCUUUUCUUAAUUGUGUCAUCUUUGAGACACUUACCUCUUUAUCUGAACUUUCAUUAUUUGGACAUCAAAAUGAAAAUUUAGGAAUCACACAGAUUUUGAAAAAAGUUUGAGGUACACUUUGAAUUCUUCAUUAAGCUCUUAAAAACUUAUAAUCUGAAAUUCAUAGAUCAAUUUAAGUUAGAAAUUGUGAUGCUUGUUUCUAUUUUAAUUUUUUCUUCAAUCUAUUAGAGUUGUCUUCCAAAGAAGACUUAUAUUAAAAAAAAACAAAGAUCAGCUUUUGUCUAAUGCCACAAUUUACCAAUUGUUAAGUAUAAAUAUCACUUUACUAAGGAUGUUUACAUGCUCAAUUUUAUGAUUUUGAAAUUCAAAGUUCAUGGACCUUUUGUUUGUGUACCCUAGCAUAAAGCAUAAUCACCUUUUCAUAUGCUUCCUGGAAAAACAUUCAUCCUCUUUGGUUCAUAUUUUACUAAUAAAUUAAUAAAUUUCUAAAUCAAUGAA